GUGUGAGGGAUUCAGUUUUUAAAGAAUCGCAGAAAACUUGUACGCUACUCUUAUAAGUCCAAAAAGAGAGAAAGAAACAAAGAAAGAAAGAGCGAGAGAGAGAGACUGUUAGGGUUUCUACAUCGGCGAUUAGAUCUCAUUCACAGUCAUCAUCAUGGUUCUUUUACAACCAGACCCGUUUCUUAAUGAACUCACCAGCAUGUUUGAGCACAGCACCGAGAAGGGUUCUGUUUGGGUUACUCUUAAACGAUCAUCUUUAAAGUCUAAGGUGAAGAGGAAUAAAAUGACAACUGCUGGUGAAGUGAUUGAGUACAGAUGCCUUAUCCGUGCUACUGAUGGGAAAAAGACGAUUUCUACUUCCGUUGGAGCAAAGGAUCAUCAGCGCUUCCAAGCUUCUUAUGCAACUAUCCUUAAGGCCCACAUGACAGCUUUAAAGAAGAGGGAGAGAAAGGAUAAGAAAAAAGGUGCAGAGGGUGAUAAGAAGGAAGGGGGUGUGAAGAAGCCCAAGAGGGUGUAAAUAAGUCCCUUUUUAUUGUGUAGGCUCCUCUUUUUUUGGAAAGGAAAAAAAAGAAAGAAAAAAAAAAUCAAAUAUUUCAACUUUGACAUAAUGCAGGCAUUGAAGUAUAUGGGAUUUUGUUAA